ACGAUGACACCGGUGGUAGCAGCACUGCUCCUGCCUCUUCUCGCUGCCCUGCAGCUGCCCGGAGCCCAGGGCUGGAACCAACAUGAACGUGUCUUGCUGAGGGAUAUCCAGGCGAUCACACUUUAUGCAGGCAGAUAUACAAAUGCACGACGCUCAUCCCCUAUUCCACAGCUGAAAUGUAUAGGUGGAAGUGCUGGCUGCAGUGCUGUGACGCCACAAGUGGUGCAGUGUCACAACAGAGGAUGGGAUGGCAUUGAUGUUCAGUGGGAAUGCAAGGUGGACAUGGAGAACUCUUACCAGUUUGGGCAAGUUGAAGUGAGCUGCGAGGGCUUUGACUACCCUGAGGACCCCUAUAUCCUACGUGGCUCCUGUGGUUUGGAAUACACACUGGAACUGACAACGGAAGGACAAAAGAGAUCUCAAAAUGGGUACAGCUCUGGUGGAUUUGGCUCAGGGUUUUUCCAAAGGAACUCAAGGGACUGGAAUAGUGAUGGUAGUGGGGUGAUUGUCUUUCUGUUCAUCUUGGGGUUGGGCUAUGGCUUGUACAAGUUAUUCCUAAGUGGACCUUCAAUUCAACAACAGCAAUCUCACCCUGAUUAUAAUGGACAUGGUUAUCAAAGCACCAGUCAUGCUAGUGCACCACCACCACCACCAGGUUUCAAGUCAGACUUUACAGGGUCUUCAUCAGGCUUUCACGGAUAUGAUAGUAGUUCUGCUUUUGGCAGCCAAGCAAACCAGGGACCAGGGUUUUGGACAGGUCUAGGAACCGGUGGUGUACUAGGAUACCUGUUUGGCAAUCAGAGGGGACAGCGUAAUUAUUCACCGUUCCACAACACAUGGAGUGGACCUGCAUUUUCACAGCACCAUUAUGGAGACCCACAACCGCCAAGAGCCCCACAGAGCUCUGGUAUGAGAACUGCCUCAGGUUUUGGGGGAACAAAAAGAAGAUAGAUGACCUUUCUUCUGGAUAAAGCAAGAAGCAGAAGCAGUUUCCCCAUAUAGUUCAGUUAGGUUAGGGAGGAGGCUAGGUUAGGGACAAAGAAAACCUGUGUCCUUUGCAUAUUUACAUAGAGACGUUGUUUGUAAUUCAGGGUGGGUUCUUAUAAGUCAUUUACAAAAGUUAACUCUUAAAAUGUUUUUUCAGAACUGUGAAAUAUAUUCAGAUAAACAAACUGUCAGAGCUUUAUCAAUACCAGUGGUGCGUACCCUUUUUAAGCAUGUCAUAAUUAGGCAUUUUUCAAUUGAAUAUAUAGCAUAUGGGUAAGUUAGGGCCCAAAAAAGAAUCUGAGUCCCAGCCCAUAGGCUAUGCACUUCUGAGGUAAACAAUAUUGAUGUAUAAUCUCAUGAUGGCCAUUAGAGGUCUCCAAGCAUUUUCUGACAUUACAUUUUAUAUGCUACAGCACAAAAUGAAUUGCUUAUGUUUUUGACAUAGAGGACAUGCAGUCUAAUUUUUUUCCCCAAGGUUAUGCUGGGUUACAUUGGCGUAUCUAUAAUGGGUGCAGUGUGUCCAGUGCACAUGGGACACUGGGUCCAGGGAAGCGAACACUGCACCUAUGUUUAAUUACUUACCUUUCCAGAGUUCCACGUCGGUGCUGUGACAAAAAUCACCAGGAAAAUGACCACCAUGCAUGUGCAGUAAUGAUUAGUGGCUGUACAUAGCGGGCGCCAUGUCUCCAGACACCUGUGCAUGCAAAGUACACUCUGACACAAUGUCAUAGUCUACUGUGCCGUAGAGAGGAGGGGGCCGCAUGACAUCUGCACACGCAACCCCUCGUCUAUUAAUCCGCCCCUGCUGGGUUAACUCAAUUGCUCUCAGAUAAUGAUAAAUUGAGGACUAUCGGGGUUAUUCAGAGUCAGUAGCAGUUUUGAUAAAAUAGCAAAACUGCUACUGAUAAAAUCGAAAGCUGGGGGCCACACUCAGCACAGGGCAAGGCCGCCCAGCAUGUGUAGCGCUGCCCAGUGAUGCAGUCCAAUUGAAUUGCGAUCGCAUUGCAGAAUCGGAAAUAGAGGUAGACCUCCUGCAUACGCAGCCAGGCUGCGUGUGCAGGCGAUCCGGCACCAUGUUUCCUGUCGCAGGAAAUGCAGGUGACCUCAUCCGGCCACCCCGAAAACGGCUAUGACACGCCGGCAUUUCCCGCGCCACUCCCCAUCAGCAUUUCACACGCCACUCCCCAGAAGCUAUGUGUCGCCGCCCCCGAGCGCCUUUCGCAUGUCAAUUACUAUGAAAUCGCCGGGAUGCGAUCGCAUUGUGAUAGGUCGCAGCGCAUGCGCAGUUGGCUGAUAAUCAAUCUGCGUAUACGCAAAAUUGCGACCAUCUCUGAAUAACCCCCGAUAUGAAGAUUGUGAGCUUUUUAGAAGUAUAUAGCUAGUUGCAGUGUAUAACACAUCACAUUGCAGAAAUAACCCUUUUUAAAUGGAUGCCCAUAAAUGUGAAACAAGUCAGUAACCAGUUACCAUUAUGGUGGCAUUCAGCAUUCGGUCAUACAGUACACAAGGGAAGCCGACUUGCUGAAAAUAUAACUACUCAGGGUUUGCUUUACUGAUUUCAUGGGUUAAAUUAUGAUUUAGUUGUUUUAAAAACAUUCUAUGCACAUAUACUAUAUUUUUGCAUUUAAUCUUUAUUUGAAUUUGUUUUAUUCACAAUUAUAUCACAUAAGGUUUUGUUUGGUUUGCGGUGUCUCAUAAACUUAAAAUAACUUGCUAUAAAACUACAUUGGGUGCCAUUGGCUUUAUGGAGGGACUGUUAGCAAGGGAAAGGGAGGAGAUGUUCCUAAAAGAACUAGGAAUUAGCAUUUUGUUGGAGAAUAAAAUGACUAGCAUGAGCACCGGGACCGAAGCGUGGUGAGCACAGCAAGCCCGCGAGAGGACACGCUGCGCUGGCCACUGGUAUCCCGAUACCAGUCUGUCUCCUGACCACCGGGAUCCCGACACCCGGGAUAUCAUACUGAUCCCCAUGAAGACUAGUUGUCAUGAACUAAUAUUACUGAAAGGCAAAUAAGUGGGUUUAUAUCUUCUUGUUUUACUUUUCUAUCCCCAUGAAACAUAGACUGACAUUUUUGGACCAAUAUGUUUAGCUCUGUAUCUCUGUAUAUCAUGUGGACAGAGCAAUUAAGAGGCUUUUUCCAAUUGUUCCACAGGGUCUGAUUCUGAAUGGGCAUCCGCAGCCGCAUCUCUAUCGUGCCAAUGCCUGUGGCUGAUUUAAUUUAAACUGGGACUCCCGCGUAUAGCGUCCAGAUGGUAAUUUUCCAUCUUAAAGUAUCUUCAUAUGCACAAGCAGGGGCAUCGGAAUGGGGGUGGGUGCAGAGGGACAGUCCCCCCCCCCCCCCCAAAUAUGACAGGUGCAGGGGAGCGCUUACUAUCUCCUUUAAAAGCAGCCUGCUACCACAUGGUGCUGUGUCCUCCUAUCUUCUUUGUGUCUUAGCUGCCACCGGGUGUUUCUCCUUCACAGUUGCAUUACUGGGCGGAUGCGUGGCUAUGGCCACGCCUCCACCCAGUAAUGAGGAGAGCAGGAGAGACAACCGGUGGCAGCUAGGACACAACGAAGAUAGGACACAGCACCCUGCGGUAGGAGAUGCUGCCCACAUGGAUCUGGAGGUAAGCGCUUAUCCGCACAGCGGUGGGGGCUAAAAAGGGAAAGGAGCCUGGCAUCAUGGGGGCCCCAAAAUAAUUAAAAACAUUUCUACGCCUCCCCCCAACCCCCAACCUAAAAACAUUCCGGCACCCCUGUGCACAAGUGAAACUUACACCAGCCCUAUGGCAAGUGCAGUUUCUCUUUCUGAGUAUGGCAUCUUGUAUGAGCAGCCGUUUGUCUUUGGCCCACAUCUGCUUAGUUACUUCCCUGGAAUGCCACUGAAAUCCACUGACUCUGUGUCCAUUUCUGUACUGCGUCUUUGAGGAUUAACAAUCAGCAUUGGCCAGCUGCAUGUGGAACACUGCACCUACCUCUGGAUCAGGACCAUAGUUGUUUAUGUUUAAAUUCCACAUUUACAAAUAGUGCAGCCAUUUCAAAUAAUACUUUUCAAAAGGAAUACGUACAUUGCGAUUGAUUUUAUGUGAUAGUUAAACACUUCCCUAAUUGCUAUGGUUAUAGGCAUUCAGGAUAUACUAUAGUAAAGAAACAGAAUUACCAGGGCUGUGGAGUUGGAGACAGUUUUGGCCGUAGUUAGAGUUGGUAGAAAUAUAUAAACUACUACUCCAGGUAGAAAUAAACAAUUAUAAUAUUAUAUAUCUCUGAGCACAUAUGCCUGAUCAUUAUCUUGCAAAGAACAGCACGAGAAAUCCUAUAAGGUGUUGUUUAAACUGGAUGUGAUACCAAACCAUGAAAGAAAAACCAGCACAGCAGCGGUUGUUCUGUUAAAAACAAGAGGAAAAUAUUUAUAGGAAAGCAUUUGGUAAUAUAAUUAUAAAAGGUUUACAGGAAGAGGACAGCUUGUGUAUUAUAAUGUUCUGUAAGUCUUAAUUUUACAUAUUCUUAAAUUUUGAGAUACAGGUGGAGUAUCCCAUAUCCAAAUAUUCCGAAAUACGGAAUUUUUUGAGUGAGACUGAGAUAGUGAAAUCUUUGUUUUUUGAUGGCUCAAUGUACACAAACUUUGUUUAAUACACGAAGUUAUUAAAAAUAUUGUAUUAAAUGACCUUCAGGCUGUGUGUAUAAGGUGUAUAUGAAACAUAAAUGAAUUGUGUGAAUGUAGACACACUUUGCUUAAUGCACAAAGUUAUUAAAAAUAUUGGCUAAACUUACCUUCAGGCUGUGUGUAUAAGGUGUAUAUGUAACAUAAAUGCAUUCUGUGCUUAGAUUUUGGUCCCAUCACCAUGAUAUCUCAUUAUGGUAUGCAAUUAUUCCAAAAUACGGAAAAAUCCGAUAUCCAAAAUACCUCUGGUCCCAAGCAUUUUGGAUAAGGGAUACUCAACCUGUAUAUCCGAUGGUUCUGUUAAACCCUUUUUUUUUACAUUUAUUAAAAGCAUAGUUUGUUGUAUAUUUACUUUUACAAUUUUCUUGUUCAGAGAUGUGAAUAAAAUAAAAAUAUUUUAUGUUCAA